CGUUCAAACAUUCAGCGACCUGCCAUUCUGUGUACGUGAUUUCAAACAACUACAUAACUCGGAUAACCACAGUGAUAACUAUAAAAGCGCUGGACACCAUGGUAUAUCUGCACGAACGCCCUCGUUUACCAACCUCGCCAAUCCCAAUAUGACCAUGGUCUCAAAAAAUCCCUCUUGGUGCCCGUACCUCGAAUGGUGUCGUGUAUUGAAUUAUUUUAUAGUUAUAUCCUCUACUGUGGUGGUAUACGAUUGGAUACUGACAUUUCCACAAGAGUUUCAACUGAUCUGGAGGCGACGUUGGUCCCACAUCACUGUUCUUUAUAUUUGUGUGCGCUAUCUUGGAAUACUGUAUUCGGUCGUUUACCUAUUGGCAAAUCCAAUGCCAUCGCCGAUUACAGAUGUAGGCACUAUCAUGUCCUUCAUGGAGAUAUGGACGCCAGUCGUCGUAAAUGCCAUGCUGGGCGUCAUCAUAAUCACCCGGAUACAUGCCAUGUAUCAACGAUCCAAACCGAUGCUCAUCUUUGUGGUUGUAGUCUUCCUGGCUUCCACAAUCGCCUCCGGAGUGAUGACGAUAAUGGCAAACAUUGGUACUUCAGGGGAGGAGUUCGUCCUUUCGGGCAUUCAUACGUGUGUUGACGUCAACAGUGGCAAUCAAGACAACGUAUAUCUGAAUGACGAGAUCUUCAUACCUACCCUCGCAUGGGAGAUCCUCGCCUUCUUCCUUGCUGCCUGGAUUGUUCUAAAACGCUUCCGUGAAUUGCAACAAUCACCGACAGGAUCGACCAUCGGAGAUUCUUUCGCGGUGUUGAUAAAAAGUCACGUGCUGUACUUCGUAGGCUUUGUCGUCAUGUCCUGCAUCGACCUCGGCUUACUGUCUCGAAAGAUCACGGAGUCAGCUUCUGUGGAAUCUGGUGUAUAUUAUGGCGCGCUCCAAAUUUCCCAGUUCAUACAAAUGUUUGUGCUGGGACCACGUCUCAUCCUUAGCGUUCGAGAAUCUCAUGUCAAGGUCGUUGUCGACGAAGGAACUGCCGUGACUACAAUCGUUUUCGAGGCGCGCGGACACGUGUCAACCGGCGGUGGUGUGUAACACGGGAAACGAUCCAAGGGAUGAUCAUACUGUGCACCUUGAGGAGCAUGUAAAUCUCAUCCGAGUUUUAUCAUAGCAUUUUUUGGAGCUCCAUCUUGGCAUUGAUUUGGUGUUCUGGGGUGAUUUAGAGGACAGAAUUAGGUCUGGGCAAACCAAGUUCAUGUUGCAGCUUCAUAGUCUAUUACAUGCUACAGAGUCAAUUUACAUUCACCAGUACCUACUAUCAUCGCACUAGUUCAAUUCGACCUCCCCAAAUGCUGGUAGAUGCAACAGGCCACGAACAUCUAGUAUCGGUGAAUUUCUGCACCUCAUUUCAGGUCUG